AAAAGAGAGAUAAACGUAAUACCCAUCAGCAGAAACAAACAACACUUUCUCUGUUGCCUCACAACCGUGUUCAACUUCUCCAGCACCUUCAAGAACCCUUUUCUUCUUCAAUGCGACCACCGCGGAAGAAGGUGAAUUUCCGCCACGGCGACAAGGUGGAGGUGUGCAGCAACGAGGAGGGCUUCAUCGGCUCUUACUACCUCGCCACCGUCGUUUCGCGCCUCGACAACGGCCUCUACGUCGUACGCUACGACACGCUGCUGGAGGAAGACGGGUCCCAGCCCCUCACCGAGACCCUCUUCCCCAAUGAGCUCCGCCCCAAGCCUCCGCCCCUCGCCGCCGCCACCUCCUUCGCCCGCUGCCAGCGCGUCGACGCCUUUGACAACGACGGCUGGUGGGUCGGCCAGGUCUCCGGCAAGGUCGACGAUCACCACUACUACGUUUAUUUCUCCACCACUCAUGAGGAGAUCGCGUACCCCUCCUCCGCAAUUAGGGUUCACCAGGAGUGGCUAAACGGCCAAUGGAUUCGCUCCGAUUCAUGAAUUCGCGUAAUCGUAAUCAAUCGUAGAUAGAUAUCGUGUUCUGUUUUCAAAUUCCAACCUGUAACAGAAUAGAACAUGUUCACUGUGCCUUUGUUGUUCGUGUAAUUCCACGUUCACUUGCUUACAUCGUAUAAAUGCUUUUGAUUGAACUCCAA